AAUGAUAAGCUUGAAGAGUCGUAACACUCUUGACUACUAAACUCCGACCAUUUCUGCAUUCUCACUGAAGACUUGUACUUGCGUGUUUCUAUGUAAGAAAAUUGAAAGAAAAUCUGUAAAGAACGAGUCAAGAGAUCCAGACGUGUGUAUAAAAGGAAUCAAAUCGGAAAAAAAAAUGGAGAAGAAGAAGGUGCCAAAAAGACUCCAAGGUAAAGUAGCGAUCGUGACGGCAUCGACGCAAGGGAUAGGCUUCGGUAUCGUUGAGCGGCUUGGCCUCGAAGGCGCUUCUGUCGUCGUCUCCUCUCGCAAACAGAGAAAUGUGGAUGAGGCGGUAGAGAAGCUUAAAGCUCAGGGGAUUGAUGCAUUUGGAAUCGUUUGUCAUGUCUCUAAUGCUCAACAUCGCCAGAUUCUCGUCCAAAAGACAGUUCAAAGAUAUGGGAAGAUAGAUAUUGUUGUGUGUAAUGCAGCGGUGAAUCCAUCUACUGACCCAAUCUUAUCUACUCAAGAAUCUGCUCUUGACAAGCUUUGGGAAGUCAAUGUCAAAUCAUCUAUCCUUCUCCUCCAGGAUAUGGCUCCUCACUUAGAGAAGGGUUCUUCUGUAAUCUUCAUAACCUCCAUUGCUGCGUUUCAACCGCAAGUACCAACGGCAAUGUAUGGAGUUACUAAAACAGCUCUUCUCGGACUAACCAAGGCACUUGCUGCUGAGAUGGGACCGGACACAAGAGUGAACGCAGUAGCUCCUGGUGUUGUGCCAACACACUUUGCUUCUUUCAUCACCCGGAACUCUGAAGUGAGAAGAGCCAAUGAGGAGAAAACUCUGCUCAACAGACUGGGAACAACGGAUGACAUGGCCGCUGCAACCGCUUUCUUGGCUUCUGAUGAUGCUUCUUACAUCACCGGUGAAACCUUAGUGGUCGCCGGAGGAAUGCCCUCCAGGCUCUGAAUCAAAAUCCCCAACUAGUAAUAAUUAUUCAUAUAUCAAUAAAACUUUUUGAUGAUGUACAAGAAAAAAACCAUACAUUUGUUACUGUUGUAUGAUCAUGUGAUGUGGGAUACUUUAAUUUCUCAUUUUGAAUUAGUAGUAAAUGGAACAUAUCUAAUCUACCAAA